AUGGUCAAUCUACCUGAAACCUUUGCCGCUAUUCCACGCCAGGAGUUCCUCCUCGGCCCUUCGCCAAUCCACCUCUUACCCCGGAUGACCGCAGAUCUCGGGGGCCAGGUCAAGAUAUAUGCAAAGAGAGACGAUGUCAGCUCCGGCCUAGCAUACGGCGGCAACAAGACACGCAAACUCGAGUAUCUGGUCGCCGAUGCCAUUGCCCAAGGAUGCGAUACUCUCGUUAGCAUCGGCGGAAUCCAGAGCAACCAUACCCGUCAGGUUGCCGCAGUGGCAGCUCGAAUGGGGUUGAAAUGUGGUCUGGUGCAAGAGAAAUGGGUUGAAUGGUCUGACCCAGGCUACGAGAAAGUCGGCAACAUCCAGCUUUCCCGACUGAUGGGCGCUGACGUGCGGAUCAAGAAGAUGACCACCUUUGGAAUCGAACACAAGGAUACCUUGAAAGCUUUAACGAAAGAAUAUGAAGCCAAGGGCCAGAAACCUUACUAUAUACCCGCCGGAGCAUCCGAUCAUCCCCUGGGCGGCCUCGGUUUUGCACGCUGGGCCUUCGAAGUUCGUGAACAAGAGAAGGAACUGGGUAUCACUUUUGAUAACAUUUUCGUGUGCGCAGUGACGGGCUCCACGAUGGCAGGAAUGGUCGCUGGCUUCAAGCUGAUUGAAAAGUUAUACCCGGAUGAACCAAAGAGGAAGAUCAUUGGAAUCGACGGCUCGGCUACCCCGGAUAAAACCCGCGCCCAGGUUCUUCGUAUUGCGAAGGGUACCGCAGAGAAAAUUGGUUUAAAGGCAGAUGAUAUAACGGAGGCAGAUAUCGUGCUAGACGAAAGAUACCAUGCAGGAACUUACGGCAUUCCUGAUAAGCAGACCUGGGAGGCGAUUGAAUACGGGGCUAAAAUGGAUGCAUUCAUUACGGACCCGGUGUAUGAAGGGAAGAGUCUUGCUGGGCUGAUGGGGUAUCUGAGGAACGGCGAGAUAAAGACUGGGAAUAUCCUCUAUGCGCAUCUCGGUGGACAGUUGGCUCUGAAUGCCUAUUCUCAGCUUGGACAUGUUGAAUGA